AUGGCGACAUUUGAGCUGUAUCGGCGGUCCUCGAUUGGGAUGUGCCUGACGGAGACCCUGGAUGAGAUGGUCUCGAGCGGCACCCUCAGUCCGGAGCUUGCCAUCCAGGUUCUGGUCCAGUUUGACAAGGUGCGUGUCCGUACGAUUUUCGGUGACCAUUUCUCUCUGUCUUGGGUUGGCUGAUUUCUUGAAUUGGAUUUGUGCUUUGCAGUCUAUGACUGAAGCUCUGGAGACGCAGGUGAAGAGCAAGGUCACAAUCAAGGUAGCUUUCGCUCUCCGUUCUUUCCAUUAAUUCGUUGAGACGCAUUAUCCUCCAGAUAAGUUCUCUUGAGUCUCAGUCGUGCCGAAAUAAUGCUAUUCUAUCAGACUGUUGCAAGGUUUAACUCCGCAGUUCAUAAUUUUCGACUUAUGUUAUUUUUUCGUAGUACUCUAAUGAUCUUGUUAAAGCUUGCUUGUUUAUUCCCUUGGACGUAGUGUUUUCCACUCGGACGUUUUAACCUUUCACAGUACGUUGAGUUGUUACAAAAUAAUUAGCCAUGUUAGAUAAUGGUGAUUCUUUAUGCGCUAUGGAGAUCAGAAGCAUCUUCGUUGAGACAUCUAUGUGGUCUGUCUCUGGUGAUUUCAUUUGAGGAUUUCAUCUACAUUUUAUAAUUCAGGAACCUCUAGCGAUUAUGUACACACAGUGUCAUCUUCCGUAUGGCUAAUAUAAUUCCUUGUUUAUGGGUUCAAUGGGAUCUGUUGACCAAAGCAAACGUCUGACACAGGUGUCUAUAGUUUUUCUGAAAGUUAGCUACUUCAAAUAGUCCAUCGUAAUGGGUAUGGCUCAGUAUGUUUGAUACACGAGAUUAAUGUUCUCCCGAGGUUUCGUUGGUUUUUUGAUAUAUUCACUUAGAGGACUUUGGGUUGCGUACAUACAUGCAGUCCACAGACCUACAAACAAUUUGAAUACGAUUAUCCCUUUAGGUUGAUUUAUUUUAGUGGAAAACCCAAAGUGCCAAAAACCCAUGUAUGGUGAAACUUAUCUGCGUGCAGCCAGUGAGUAUUCACAGGCAUUGAUUUACUUAAGCUUUAUUUUUACCGUUUGGAGUUUGGAAUUCCUUCGUGGAGUUUAAACUGUUAACAAAAAAUCAGAAUUUAUUUUAUGAAUGUAUGGUUCUUAUGUAUCAGGUCGGAGAAAGUUUGCAUCUCAUUUGAUUACCCUACUUUUCAGUCUUAUUCAUUUCUGUCCAUAGUCACAUCUCCGUUUCGCCUAGCUCCAUCAUCAGAAUGCUUGUUACUUUUUUCGUCAUGUGAUGUUAGUUACAAUAUGGUGGCAGAGGUUACGAUUUUAUUUUUUUUUUUGGUAGAGCGCAGUAAUUUGAUCCUAGAUACAAUCAAUGUUCACAUGGAAAAAUGGACUUCGAUGCAGCCUUUUGGCUAUUUCAACACGACUUAGGUCUUGGUUGAGUAGGUAGUAAGGACCGAUUCUUAAAGGAAAAUAAAACGAAUUUGCUGUCCUACUUAUGCGUAUAAGUAUGAUGGAAUUUGUGAGAAAUAUUCACAAAAAGCUGAUUAAAUGCCGUCAAUAAAACAGUCGAGAUCAUGUCUAUUCCCCACCGUUUCUAAUCUCUUGUGCUGGGCACGAUUUGAACCCAAAGAAACGACCUUCAUUCACUAAUGGCCAAGACUUUCAGUACGGUCAUUGUACCCACCAUCCUUUUUCUUCUUCGUCUUCUUCAUAGAAGAAGCUUUCCCACCCAGCUUUCCCCUUUCAGACAAAUUCGGGCAAUUCUUGGCCACGAUACCAAUUCGAGUAAUCUUCCUCGUUAGUCGUCCCUCCCAGGUUGGCUCUUAACAGUCAGAUGCAGAGAUCUUCUCAAAGGAGGCCUGCACAUUCCUUAGAAUUCCCAACUUCUUCCCCACAAAUUUUCGUCUCGUUUCUUCCUGGUCAAGAUAAUUUUUGGAGGAUAUCAUAACCCUGACAUGGAAUUCAGCCGCCGACAUGUCAUCUUCCUGAGAUCUCUAUCAUCCCUCUGGCUUCUCUGAUUUUUCCACCGGACGAAUAGCGACUAGACUACCAUAAAUAGAUUGAUUUGAACAUAUAUUAAAUAAAUCUUAGAAAUUGGUGCCAGAUGUUAGCUUCUAACCGGGUGAUCUCACGGCAGGGGCACCUCCACACGUACAGGUUCUGCGACAACGUGUGGACCUUCAUACUGCAGGACGCCACCUUCAAGAACGAGGGGAACCAGGAGAACGUGGGGAGGGUGAAGAUAGUCGCCUGCGACUCCAAGCUCCUUACCCAGUGA